GAUAUCGAGAAUUUGACACCACUCUCUCCAGAGGUGAUCUCGCGUCAGGCCACAAUCAAUAUCGGUACUAUUGGACAUGUAGCGCAUGGAAAAUCAACCGUGGUUAAAGCUAUUUCUGGAGUUCAAACUGUGCGCUUCAAAAAUGAACUGGAGAGAAACAUCACUAUUAAGCUUGAACGCCUCAGCGACGAAAGAGUACGUGCACUAUUAAGCUCCCCAGUACUGCUACGCGAGUUCGAGGCGAAGUUAGAUGCAAAACGACGCAAUAGCUUGCCAGUGGGACAUGUUCGUCCAGUUUUGCGGGCACGCAAGCAAAAACGAGCACGCAGUGUAAGCGCAGAUACUCAGUUAACCAGAACAUCGAUUCGAAGCAGCAGUCUCGGCAGCAGUCAAACUCCAACACGCGGCUGUUCAUCAAGUCCAAGUAGUGGCUAUGAGAGCCACUCCGAAUAUAGUUCAUCCAUACAAGGAGAUCAAAAGGGGAGUUCAACCACACCACGUUCGCGUGUGCUCAAUAAUGCAAUAAAUGCGCUGAAGGAAAUACCGACCGUGGGAAAAAAGCGCAACAAACCUCAGACAGACAACUCAGAAACCGAUGAUGGACAAACACCAGUUACGAAGCGUCAAAAGCUGAAGCAAUUCAAGGUGAAUGGCGAGUAUAUAGUAGAGCGCAUAGAAUCGAUUGAGUCGAUUAACGGCAAUCCCAUAUUCUUUGUGAAAUGGUUGGGAUAUCCCCCCGAAACGAAUACUUGGGAGUCCCUUGACAACAUAAGUGAAUGUGCUGUAUUAGAGCCGUUCAUUGAAUCACAGUAUACAUUGCUUGAGUUGAUUAUUUCAGAAAUCAUAGCCGAAAUUGAAGCCGAAAUUACAGAGAAUGGUCUAGUUUUCGAUAUGACCUCCUUAAAAUUAGAGGAAUUAGAUAAAUAUGAUCCUUUGGUGAUAAAAGCGGAUUUAAUAUUGCUUGCCCAGUUUCGUGCAACACGAUCACGUAGUUUUAAAGAACCGGAAAAGAUACGCAGCCGUAUAAUUAAUAUGAUGCUAAUGAAGCCUGUCUACUAUAGACGUAAGCAGCAAUUAUGCGACCUGAAAGCUUUCCAGGACCGCAUGAAUCAGGUAGAACACACAGCGCCGAUAACUGUGGAAAACCGCUUUGAUUUGGAAGUCAUAGAUGUCGCUUUUAAGUAUAUAAAAGAAAGUUUCGCUGGAAACAACGUCAAAAUGCAGGAGGAUCCCCCAAUUGGAUGCAAAUGUGAAAACGAGUGUGCUCCGUUGUCUACGUGCUGUGCACGCAUGGCGGGUAGCUAUUUUGCUUACGACAAAGCAGGCCGUCUUCGUAUCCGACCUGGAGAGGCCAUUUAUGAAUGCAAUAACAGGUGUUCAUGCGAACAGGAAUGUGUAAACCGUGUUAUACAGCGCGGGCGCAGCAAUUCGCUUUGUAUAUUCCGCACAUCGAAUGGAUGUGGCUGGGGCGUUCGAACCGAGAAACCAUUGCGUAAGGGAGAAUACGUGUGUGAGUAUGUGGGUGAAAUUAUCACCAGCGAAGAGGCGAAUGAUCGCGGCCAAACGUAUGACGCCAUCGGACGCACUUAUCUUUUCGAUUUAGAUUACAAUACGUCCGGUGAGAGUGUGUACACAAUUGAUGCGGCGCUCUAUGGCAAUAUUUCCCAUUUCAUUAAUCACUCGUGCAAUCCCAACUUAGCAGUGUUUCCGUUUUGGAUCAAUAACCUCGACAUUAAUAUGCCACGUUUGGCAUUCUUUUCGCUACGACCAAUUAAAGCUGGAGAAGAAUUGACAUUCGAUUAUGUACGCACUGACUAUGAAAAUUUGUCGUCAGCCGAGAAGGUUUCGUGUCGUUGUGGUGCAGAUAAUUGUCGCAAAGUAUUAUUUUGUUACGCUAACGCUAAAAUUUAUAAAUGCGACAAUGCAAAGUGUCCACGACCAGCUUGUUUUAUUUCUGACGGUUCCAGCAAGGAUGAUAGCUUCCCCUGUGCCCGUCCGUCCUGUGUGGGCCGUUUCAAGUUGGUGCGUCACGUGAGUUUCGUGGAUUGUCCUGGUCACGACAUUCUUAUGGCUACCAUGUUGAACGGUGCUGCUGUAAUGGAUGCUGCACUACUCUUAAUUGCUGGUAACGAAUCCUGCCCUCAGCCUCAAACAUCUGAGCAUUUGGCUGCAAUUGAAAUUAUGAAACUAAAACAGAUCCUCAUUUUGCAAAAUAAAAUUGACCUGGUGAAGGAGAGCCAAGCCAAAGAGCAGUAUGAAGAGAUAACGAAAUUCGUGCAGGGUACAGUUGCCGAAGGUGCACCAAUUGUACCGAUUUCGGCUCAGCUUAAAUACAACAUUGAUGUAUUAUGUGAAUAUAUCACAAAGAAGAUUCCCGUGCCUCAGCGCGAUUUCAAAGCACCUCCUCGGCUAAUUGUUAUACGUUCCUUUGAUGUGAAUAAGCCAGGUUGUGAAGUCAACGAUCUGAAAGGAGGUGUGGCCGGUGGUUCUAUCCUUUGUGGUGUAUUGAAAGUGGGUCAGGAGAUCGAAGUGCGCCCUGGCGUUGUCACGAAGGACAGCGAGGGCAACAUAACCUGUCGACCCAUUUUUUCGCGCAUUGUGUCACUGUAUGCCGAACAAAAUGAACUGCAGUACGCGGUGCCUGGUGGUUUAAUUGGUGUGGGUACGAAAAUCGAUCCGACACUAUGUCGUGCAGAUCGUCUCGUUGGCCAGGUGCUGGGUGCUGUUGGCCACUUACCUGACAUAUAUAUUGAGCUGGAAAUUUCGUAUUACCUCUUGCGACGAUUAUUGGGUGUGCGUACGGACGGCGAUAAAAAAGGUGCACGUGUAGAGAAACUACAAAAGAAUGAAAUAUUGCUGGUGAAUAUUGGAUCUUUAAGCACGGGUGGUCGAAUUUCCGCCACAAAGGGCGAUCUGGCCAAAAUUGUGCUCACCACACCGGUUUGUACUGAGAAGGGGGAGAAAAUUGCAUUAAGUCGUCGUGUGGAAAAACAUUGGCGUUUAAUUGGAUGGGGCCAGAUAUUUGGCGGCAAAACUAUUCAACCUGUACUGGACAGCAAACCCGCAAGAAAUAAAAUCGAAAGGUUUACACCACGAGCAUUAGUAUCAGUUUGAAACUUAUUUGUUAUAAGCGAACAAAACGCAUUUGUCGGUCUUCAAUUUUUAUAUAUAAAUUAUUACCAGCCACAGUUUCCUUCUUUUGUUUUCGCGCAGUAAAACUGAAGACACCACCAAUAGAACUUGUUUAAAAAAAGCAACAAAUGAUGAAAUAUUUAAUUAACAAUAUAAUUAAAGGAAUUAGAAUUUGUUAUUUUAAAAAGGAAAUAAAAGGAAAUAAAUUUUUACACAAAACAAAAUGUGGGCAUUGUUAUGGAACAAUUCCCAUUUCCUGACGUUAUAUAAAUAAUCGAUGUCGACACCAAACUUGAAUUGUUUAACGUACUCGAAACAACAUUGUCUAUUUAUUCCUGGAAAAAUUCAAGUGACGAAAUGCUCCGAAAUCAAAUGAAAAUGUAUGUAUGUAGGUGUUUUAACUAUAUAUCGUCGCUCCUAUGCCAG